CGCGCCGCGGCACGAGUUGCCGAGCAGCCGAGCAGGCGCUCACUUCCGCGUUGGGCCCGGCGGCGUCCAGCGGCCGCGCCGACGGCCGGGCGGGCCGCAGACGGAAACCGGACCGAAGUCAUUUCGUAAUUACAAAAAUUUUCAAGGCGAAAAGUAAGAUGUCUGGGGAAACAAUGGAAGGUCAGAAGGCAGAAGAAGAAGUAUUAGAAGUCCUUCGAUUGAAUGUGGGUGGCUGCAUUUACACGGCGAGACGUGAGUCCUUGUGCCGCUUCAAGGACUCAAUGUUAGCAUCCAUGUUUAGUGGUCGUUUUCCUCUGAAAACAGAUGAAUCAGGGGCUUGUGUUAUUGACCGUGAUGGACAGCUAUUUAAGUACCUUUUGGAUUAUCUUCAUGGAGAAGUUCACAUUCCCACAGAUGAGCAGACUCGAGUUGCUUUACAGGAAGAGGCUGAUUACUUUGGCAUUCCUUAUCCAUACUGCCUGUCUGAUCACUUGGCCAAUGAAAUGGAGACAUAUUCUUUAAGGUCAAAUAUAGAACUUAAAAAGGCUUUAACAGACUUCUGUGAUUCAUAUGGUUUAGUUUGCAAUAAACCAACAGUUUGGGUCCUCCACUAUCUUAACACAUCCGGUGCAAGCUGUGAGAGUAGAAUUAUUGGUGUCUAUGCCACCAGAACGGAUGGAACAGAUGCUAUUGAUAAGCAGCUGGGAGGACGAAUUCACAGUAAAAGCAUUUUUAAAAGAGAGGCGGGAAAUAAUGUGCAGUACAUUUGGAGCUAUUAUUCAGUAGCAGAGUUGAAGAAAAUGAUGGAUGCUUUUGAUGCCUGGGAAGGAAAAGGUAUUAGUUACUGGCGGGUGCCUCAUGAGUUGAUAGAGUGUUGGACUUUGGAGGAGCGACCAUUACUUGGAAGCCUGCGUCACAUGGCCCCAGUUCGGAAGAGGCGCCUGGUUGCCCUCAAUGAAGAGGAAGAAGAUGUGAACUGUAAGAUUGGUCCUAAGCCAGUCAGGUUUAUGGGCCCUUCUACCAGCACCCAAAUCAAAGUCAAGAACUCAGCUUCGGUCAAGGUGUGUCCAGUCAUUGCAAGCCCAUCUCCAAGUGCCAAGGCAGCUCAGAGUUCUGCCCUUUUGAAAGUGGGCACUGGGUCACCUAGGUCUGGUGGUGCUGAAAAUGGAGCCGCACACCCACCUCCAGCCAAGGUCAUGCUCUCAGACAAGGCCACCCCACACCGAGUCAUUAAACUGAAGCGGACUCCACUGUGUGCUGCCGGGCCUUCCUUACCUUCCUGCACUGCCAGGAGGCCAUUUGCCCCAGAGCCGACCCCUGAAGACCCCAGUGCUUUGGGCCUACAGACUGAGAAUGGGCAGGGCCAGACUGAUUGACAGAAAUGGAUUUCCAGAUGGGUUUUUGCCUCUUGCUGCUUCCCAUCGAUGCGAUGAUAAGUGACAGUGUUUGUUGUUAGUGGUGGAAACAAGUUUCUGUGUAGGAUGAUUAGGUGGAGAACUAAUUGUGUAAAGUAGGAGGGAGUUUUAAAAGUGGUUGGGUCACUAUUUAUUUCUUAUUUCCCCAGCUUUUAAAUGAUUAUCUAUGGACAGUGAAUUCAGGUUUAAAAAAAAUUUUUUUUUAAAUGGUUAAUUGGCAUUAUGACAACAAAGCAUUCCUGCAAAAUCAUCACUUAGAGAAGUGUUCUUUGUUGCUGAAAUAAUUUACAGACCCAAGGUACUUUAACUUUUACUGCAACCUAGGACAGGGGGAGUUUGGGCUUAGAUAUUAUUGUCUGGUAAUGUUACUGCUUCCUGGUGCUAUCUCACAGCUGCUGGAAAUUUGAGAGAAAAUGUAGAUCAAGGUGAAAUGCCUACAGGAUACACUCGGGCUGCAAAGGCAUUAUGAAAAGAAAUGAUGGGCAGGAGAAAAAGGAAGGCAAUACUUUAUUACACUUUGAUGCUCACUUAAUUGAACUGUUUUCUUAAUUUUUUCCAUUAGUCAGUUUAUUUGUACAUCAUAAGAUUUCUUGGAGUAAGCACUAUAUGACAUGUUUUGGACUGAAUUGUUCCAAGUAUUUUAUUCUAAUGUCAUUAGUGAAAUUUGGGAAGUACUUUAAAAAAAGAAGUUAAAAGUUAACUUUUUAACUAAAGUUAGUAUUUGAUUUUCAGAAGUGACCAUUGAAGAGUCAUUCUAGUUAUAUAUUAUUUUUAUGCAUAAAAUUCCAUGUAACUAGAAAUUAAUAUUUUUAAACAGAAUAUUUUGAUUAAUCCUCUAUUUUUUCACAACUGUUUAGUUGUGCAUGUUUACGCUUACAUGUUAUGUUUUAUAAUUCAAUCACACAUUUCUAUCUUCAAUGAGCAGUAGGCCUUCACUGUUUUAAAAAUAAGUUCAUAAAGCGGGGUAUUUUUUACUCAGUGCUUCUCAUUGUAGUUGCAUUGUUCAAAUAUAUACUCAAAAUAUUACUUUUUACAAAAUAAAGUAAGACUUUGCCAUAAGUAGUGCCUAUACUUAUUUUUAAACCAAAGCCUUUUAACAGUUUGAGAGAGUAUUUGUUUAAGUUAUUAUACUUUUGCUUACAAAGUUGUACCCCUCUCUAGGUAUCAUAUUAAGUAACCAAAUCAAUAUUAGAUAACCAUUCAUGUAGGUGGUUUAUUUGACAAGACUUGCUCACUCCUAGGAGAGAUGGGAGGAGGUUUCUUGCUCCACAAGCAGUAGAAUCAACUAAUAAACUCACGAACCUGGGCACUGAGGCUAAGGGUGAGUCUGAGGUAUCCCCUGUCCCUCACUGACUUAACACAAACUGUUCACAAAGAGACAAAGGAGAGUCAUGCAUCAGUGGACAAAGGAAUGAGAAGUACUUCGGGAAAUGCACUGAAAGUGGGUUUUGUCAUAUUACCUGGAUCCCCAGAGAUGAGAGAUAGGAGUAGUGUGCCAAAUACAAAUUUAGGUACUCUCCUACCCCGAAGUUUCAGCACAUUCUUGAUAGUGCUGUACUCUCCUGUGCCCUCUCCUCUACCUUACUGACACUGUAACUGAAUACAAAAUUCCAAUUCUACAGAAGCUAGGAAAGACCAGGAAAAAAAAAAAAUCCAAGUAAAAUAAAACUUAUGAUAUCACCAUCUUUUGGAAAAGUUAAAAAAAAGUUAAAUAAAAGUUAAGAUUAAUGAAAUAAAUAACAGUAAUUUAGAGUAUUAAAAUGUGCUGACCAGAAACAUACACAUAUCAACCAGAGACCUCAAGGAUAUUAUAACAUCACAAGGAGAAAACAAUGGCAUGAGAUUAUAGAUAGAGGUAAGAUUGAUACAGUAAAUUAAAAAAGAUGUAGAAGAAAACUCAGAAGGGUAGUUCAGGGUGAUAAAGAAAAGAUAAUCAGAGAAUUACAGCAAAGCCACAAUAAAAUUAGUGAGUUUAGAAGUAAAAUUGGCAAGAAGAGGGUAGAAAUUAAUGUUGUAAACAAGAAAUAGUCUCUUCAGAAUAUGAAGAGCUCAAUGACAGACCAAAAGUUUUAGAGCAUGCUACAGAGAUAGAAUAGACCAAAUGAGGAACCAUAUCAGUACCUUGAAGUACUAUAGGCACGAAUGAUGCAUUUUGAAGAAGAAAUGAUGUAAACAAAUCUGAAAAAAAUUCUAUUAGGGAAUUCUCUAACUGCUUGAGGAAAGGCAGCAUAAGACUAAUAGGUAUCUUAGUAGGGGAAAAAGAGAGGGGCAGAGAGAUACAUAGUACAGCAGGUAGGGGCUCACUUUGCAUACAGCCAGCUUGGGUUUGAGCCCCAGAGCACUGCCAGGAGUAAUAUUUGAGUGCAGAGCUGAAAACCCUGAGUAGACCCUCAGUGUAAGCCAUGAGCAUUGCUGUGUGUGGCCCCCAAACCAAAAAAUGGGGGUGGAGAAGAGAAUGGAAGAGAGAAGCUUGUUAAGAGUAAUUAUAGAACCCUCUCCGAAUCUGUAGAGAUGAAACUAGUCAAGCCCACGAAGGCAAAGGAGUAGUUGGCUACUUAUUUGUUUCGCUUUUGGGUUAUACUCAGCUAUCUUCUGGGGCUACUUCCAGCUCUAUGCUGGGUGUCCUAAUAGUCCUUGGGGAGCCAUGUGGUACAGAGGAUUGAGCUUGGGCGGCUCCAUGCAAAAUAUAUGGUCUACUGAGCCACCUCCCCCUAAGUACUUGGUGUUUAAAUGCAAAGAGACCUACACCAAGACACAUACUAAUAAAAUUAUCAAGAUUUUAAGAUAGGCCAGAGAUAGCUUAAAGGGCUGGGGUACACGCUUUGCAUGGAAGAGUCCUAAUUUUGAUCCCUGGCACCACCUGGUCCCUCAAGAACUUGGAGUGGUCCCCAAAAUAUAGAAACUUAGUCAAUGGAAAACUUAGGAACUACUAUACUUACAUCAGACAAAAAAAUUGACAUCUAACCAAAAGAAAUAGCAGCAAACAAAAAAUGCAUGUUAUAUAAGGACAUUGUUUAAUGAGAAAAGAACUAAUAUAACAGGAAAACAAAAUUAUUAAUGCCCAACAUAAUAGAUUUGUGGUCACUGUCACUGUUACCGUCAUCCUGUUGCUCAUCGAUUCGCUCAAGCAGGUACCAGUAACAUCUCCAUUGUGAGACUUGUUUGUUACUGUUUUUGGCAUGUUGAAUACGCCAUGGGUAGCUCGCCAGGCUCUGCCAUGGGGACGACAUACUCUCAGUAGCUUGCCAGGCUCUCUGAGAGGGCAGAGGAAUCAACCCAGGUCGUCUGUGUGCAAGACAAACGUCCUACUGCAGUGCUAUCACUCCAGCCAAGAUUUGUGGUAUAUAUUAACAGAUCAAAAGGAGACACAAAGCACAAUGAAUAGGGGAUUUUGACAUUCCAACUUGCAGCAAUUAAUUUAUAGACCAGACAGAAAGUUACCAAGGAAACAGGCAAUCAACAAUGACAAGCUAGAUGGAUAAAGAGCAUUCCACAGUAAAACAUCAGAAUGCGCAUUCUUUCCAAGUGCUCACAAAUCAUCAUUACAGAUAAGGCAUAUGUUGGGACACAAGACAAGACUGAGUACAUUUAUGAAGUUUGUAAAAGCAAUCAUCUUUACAGAUUACAAUGGCAUUAAACUAGAUCUCUUCAAAAAGAGGGGGUGGGGGAAUGGAAAAUUUGGAAAAUAAAUAAUUUGAUUCUGAAUAACUAUUGGCUCAGUGAAGGAAUCAAAGAUGAUAUUAACAAACCUGGAGAUGAAUGAAAAUGAAAACAUGAUAUAUUAGAAUUUAUAGGAUGCAACAAGAGCAGUACUGAGUCUGUACAGUUAACCCCUUGGA